AUGGCGGGCACAAUUAACAAACCAAAGAAACCCAAGUCCAAGAGGGGCACGACCCGUCUCCGAAACAAGAUUGAAAAAGCUUCCGCAGCCAAACAGAAGAAGCAGCGCAAGCUCGCCAAGAAGAACCCAGAAUGGCGGUCCAAAUUAAAAAAGGACCCCGGCAUCCCCAACUUGUUCCCGUACAAGGAGAAGCUUCUACAGGAAAUUGAAGAGAAGCGCCUGAGAAAGGCCGCCGAGGCCGAGAAGAAGAGGGAAAUGGCCAAGGCUGCGAAGACUGGUGCCACCCAGCAGGGCGGCGAGGAAGUCAUGGACGAUGCUGAAGAUGCCGAGGGCUCUGUUGGGGACGUGGAUGAUGAGUUCAUGGACGAGGAUGAGGAUGUGGAUGAGUCGAAUCCCAUGGCUGCUUUACUCGCCAGCGCGAAGGCUGCGGCGGCGCAAUACGACAAAGAGCUGGCGGAGAGUGAUGGCAUGGACGAUGACGACGAGGACAGUGACGAUUCUAAUAAUGGCGGCAUGAAUGAGGUUUCAGUCGGCCAGGCUUCGUCACGCAAGACGUACGACAAGGUGUUCAAGCAGGUUGUUGAGCAGGCUGAUGUGGUUCUGUAUGUCUUGGAUGCACGAGACCCCGAGGGUACUCGAUCGCGAGAGGUUGAGCGCAGCAUCAUGGCCGCUGCCGCUGGCGGCAAGCGCCUCAUCUUGAUUCUCAACAAGGUCGAUUUGAUCCCCCAAAAAGUCCUGCGAGACUGGCUCGUCCAUCUCCGACGAUACUUCCCCACGCUCCCCCUCCGGGCCUCUGGUGCCGCUCCCAAUGCCCACGUCUUCAACCACCGAGACUUGACGGUUCAAAGCACAUCCGCGACACUUUUCAAAGCUCUCAAGAGCUACGCCGCCAGCCGGCAACUCAAGCGCGCCGUGUCCGUCGGCGUCAUCGGUUACCCCAACGUCGGCAAGUCCUCAGUCAUCAACGCCCUCCUCAGCAGGAUGAGCGGCAAGGGCGGCAGCUCUUCCAAAGCUUGCCCGGCGGGCGCCGAAGCCGGCGUCACCACCAGCAUUCGCAGCGUUAAAAUUGACAGCAAGCUGACGCUCCUCGACUCUCCUGGCGUCGUGUUCCCGUCCUCGUCAUCCGUCCAGUCCGGUGGCCUCGUCAGCCUCAAAAACGCAACUGAAGCACAUGCCCAUCUUAUUCUCCUCAACGCCGUCCCUCCCAAGCAGAUUGAUGAUCCCGUCCCCGCAGUCGGCCUGCUCAUCCGCCGUCUCUCAUCCUCCCCAGACCUGAUGCAGAAACUGACCAAUGUUUAUGACAUUCCGGCUCUUCUACCCAACAGACUCGACGGCGAUGUCACAACCGACUUUUUGGUGCAGGUUGCUAGGAAGCGAGGUCGAUUGGGUCGAGGCGGCGUUCCCAACAUCCACGCUGCUGCUAUGACUGUUGUUACAGACUGGCGAGAUGGCCGUAUUCAGGGGUGGGUUGAGCCGCCUGCCUUGGCUGUCGCGUCGGCUGAUGCCUCUGCCGGGCCUGCCAAGAAGGUCCAGAAUGUGGGUGAGGAUGAGGUCAUGCCGGACCAGAAGGAGAUUGUCACGGAGUGGGCUGCCGAGUUUAAGCUGGAUGGCUUGUGGGGGAACGAUGAGGGUGCCGCGGCCGCGGAGGAUGCUAUGGAAGAGUAG